UUGUAAACCAAGAUGCUAAUAUUAAUCUUUGCGACAAAGCAGGCUGGACAGCAUUGCACUUCGCAUCCAAAAAUGGUCAUUUCAAAAUGGUCCAUAUUUUAUUAAAUAAAGGUGUUGAAGUUAAUGCCAAAACCAACAAUUGCCAACACACUGCAUUACACUUGGCAGUAUUGGGGGGUCAUUUAAAAGUCGUUCAAAUACUGUUAAUCGCAGGUUCUGCUUCAAAUCUUAAAAAUAACGACGGUAUGACAGCAUUACACUACGCAGUACAGAACAAUAAUCCACUCAUUGUUAGUAUAUUGAGUAAUAGCAAAGAUAUUAAUCUUAAGAACAACGACGGCAUGACAGCUUUGCAUUUGGCCGUGCAAAAUGGUAAUCUAGAGAUCGUAAAUAUGCUAUUGAGAAAAGCUGCUAAUUGUAGUACAAAAACUGCAGAUUUAGGGCACACUUCAUUACAUUUGGCAACAAUGGGAGGCCAUUCGCAGAUUGUUGAAUCUUUAUUAGACAAUGGUGCCGAUGUGAAUGUCAAAGAUCAUGCUGGCUGGACAGCCUUACAUCGAGCAUUGGCAAAUGGUAAUUUAAAAACCAUCAGUAUUUUGUUGAAUAAGGGUGUCAAAAUCAAUGUCAAAACACGUGAUAUUGGUCAUACGCCGUUGAAUUUAGCAGCAAAGGAGGGUCACUUGGAGGUUGUCAAGCUCUUAUUGAGCAAAGGUGCUGAUGUCAUGGAUAAAGACAACAAUGGCAUGACAGCACUGCACCAUGCAGUGCUAAAUGGUAAUUUGGAAAUUAUUAGUGUUUUUAUCGGUAAUGAUGACACUGCUAAAACAACUCGUUCUGGUCAUACAUUAUUACACUUAGCAGCAAAGGGUGGUCAAUUAGAGAUUUUCAAUUUAAUAUUAAACCAAGGUGCUGGCAUUGAUGUCAAAGAUCACGCAACUCGGACCGCGUUACACUACGCAGCUGAAAAUGGUUAUUUGGAUAUCGUCAAUGCCUUAUUGGAUAAAGGUGCUGAUAUUAAUGCGAAAACUUCUUAUUAUUGGAGUGCUACUCCGUUGAAUUUAGCUGCAAAGAAAGGACACCUGGAUGUACUAAAUGCGUUAUUACGCAGAGGUGCUAGAGUCAAUGAUGGUGGCGACUCGGGUAUAACAGCAUUGCAUCAUGCUACAGAUAAUGGCCACUUCGAGAUUGUUGAUAUUUUAUUGAAGAAAGGUGCAGAGGUUAAUGCCGUAACUACUGAUCUUGGUCAUACAGCGUUACACUUGGCAGAAUGUGGGGGUCACUUGGAAAUCAUUGAGUUAUUAAAAGAACAUUUAGAAUCUAAAAAACGACGAGCUAAAAAUCGACGAGGGGCCCGUUGAUCAUUGACAAAAUGAAGACAGAACAAAAAACACUCAAUUACAGACACAUCUGACUUGCAAAUCUGCUAGCCACCCCUCAGAUUUGUUGAAUUUGUUCUGUCCAUUGUGGAAAUACAACAUUGUAAAUAUAAGUUUGAUCAAAACUGUGCGGUGUGUGCAGUAUCUUGAGAGAAACAAGUAAAUGUAAUUAACAGUACUAGAAUAAACUUAGUGUUACAUUAAUGUAAGAACAAACAUUGUCAGUUCAGUUCUUCGUUAAAUCUUUUUUACCAAUCGAAAUGACUUGAGAAACAAAACUGUUGUUUCUAUCGCAGGUUUAUCUUCGAUUACAUAACCGAUUAUAUUUACAGUAAUUCUGGUAUGAUUUUUAACCGAUAGACUUACUACGAAACACAACAAUAAGCAGCACCUGAUAGCUG